GUGUCUGUGUCACUAACCCACAAAGAUGAGGUCUUCCGUGUCAUUUGACGGAAUGACGGAAUCACUUUACACCCCGGAAGGCGUUAGAACGAAACUGCACCGAGUGGGGGCGCCAUGCUAAUUCCAACGACACGCUAGGUUAGCUUAGCUACAUUUAAUUCCACUAAAGUCAUGUCUAGAUGUGAUUUAAAACACAUAAGAGGACCCACUGGUUCAGUUUGUUUAAUCAUGCUGCUGUGAAACAAAGACUAGCAGCGAGACGUCGACACACCUGUGUGGACACCUUUUAUGUCCUUAACUUUGAACUCCAUGGACCAAACGAACAACAGACGUCAUUCAUGUUGGUCUCCAAGCGGAUUGUAUGUAGGCGGGGACAAGGAGACAACUUUUUUUUUUUGUAGUUUCUUAUUUUUUGGAAGAUUUUCACUCGGUGGACACGCGCAAACAUGUCGGAAGCGUUAAAUUUUCUGAUUAGCAACUCCUGUUUCAACGGGGUACUGGACAAGCUCCAGAAAUGGCAACAAGAGUACCAUGUCAUUUCCUGUGACGAGAACAUGAACAGGUGCUGUGAGAUGAUAGAAUUCACGGCCAAAAUCCAAGGACAGCUCUUCACAAUCCUUAAUUCUAUAGCUGCUGAAGGCAAACACUCAGAUGGAGUGUCUGCGAUUAAAACACGCUUGCUGCCGUGCCUUGGAACCUGUUUCUCAACGUCAAGGCUGCCCAUCGCCAGCAGUGAUGCCAGUUUCAGUCUCACGCAGGAUUUGGCAGAAAAGGAGCGUAAGAUCACGGAGCUGAACAGUUGCAACAAGAACGACAUGCAGUGGAUGGAGUCGCAGCUGUGCUCCACUCGGCUGCAGCUGGACUCGGUAAAAGCAGAGCUAGAUGACGCUCACAGAGACCUGGACAAGACAAAGAGCAAAACAGUGACCACCCUGCUGGCCACUGAGGAUGAACUACGAACACUGAAAGACGAUUUGAGGUCAGCACAGUUACAGAUAGAGCUUUAUAAGAAGAAGCUGGAUUCCUACCAUGAUUACGAUCGGCAGGUGUCCAUGUUGAGGGAUGAGGUGUCCUAUCUAAGCGCUGAUAGGCUGGCGAGAAGCAGCUCUUUGAGUCCAUUGGUGAGAAGUAGUACUCUUAGCGCAUUGUCCGGCCUCAGGCGCUCCUCCAGCCCCAUUAGGUCAGAGACGACCUCCCGGGCUCAGCUCACAAGUUCCUCCCGCCUGCUGCGUGUGGUGUCCCGCUUCAGUGACUUGUACGCUGUGGAGCGCAAGGAAGCGCAGUUACAGCUUCAACAGUACAUCAGUGACUUGGAGACAGUCCAGAGGAUGAUCUUCAUCGCCGUGGUGGUAAGACUCGCUGUUGGCGGAGGUGAACAAAAGCACAAGUCUGUGUGCCAUGGUGGGGUUGCAUGUUUUAUGCGUUUUUUUCACGUUGUCAUGUCCCAGGAGUCUUUCAAGACAGCUAAACUGGCUUACCGCCUCUUCAGGCUCCGUGCUCGAAAGACUUUGUCCGCAUUUCACUUUGGGCCAGAGAGUCUAGAAGAUACCAUCUUGGACUACAUAGUGAAAAAUCAGGACCUUUAUGACGUGCAGACCAGCGUAGAUGAUGUACUCAGCGCCAUGAACCUGAAUCCUCACAUCGCCUCCAUCCCCAAAGCCAACCUUGACAUCAUAAGCCCCUUGAUUAGGGAGACAUGUAAGGUGGCCUUCACCAUGCAGACGCUGGACCCGCCCCUCUACUUAGAGUUCGCCAGUGAUGGAGAACAUUUCAUUAGCAGCAAGUAUCGUCGCAGUCACGACUCGGACCUCUCUUCUCAUCGUGUCAUGUACCACAUCUGGCCGGCUCUGAUGCAGGGCAACGCGGCGCGGACCAAAGGGGAAGCUGUGACCAGAGGAGCAGCUCUAGUAUGGAGUGGCCCCGGCAGCAGCUGUGGAGUCGGCAAUGUGCGAUCACGUUCUCUCAGUCCAACUCGCUCCUUUAUAUAUAAGGAUAGAAGAAGCUUGUCUCCAGAUGCUCUGUCUGCCAGCUGCUUGUGACCAUCAUUAUCAGGUGUACUCAAACCAGAUUCAACUGGUGUGUUUACACCAUCUGUGCUGUUACAUCUGUGCUCCCAACAAGGUGUGUCUCUCCAUGACUGGACAGCAGCACACUGAUGGACCAGCACGCAGAGGUAACCAGCCAUACGACUAAUACAGUCCUCAGUUUAGGACUGUUAACAUCAACUAAGGAUGUUCAGCGAUUGAUAACUUGGUGUAAUAAUGAUAAUCAUCCUCCAGUAUCGCUUGAUUAAUUACCGUAUUUUCUGGACUACAAGUCGCUCCAGAGUAUAAGUGGCACAAGGCCAAAAAUACAUAAUUAGGUAGAAAAAAACAUAAGUUGCACUGGAGUUUAAGUCGCAUUUUUGGUGGGUAAUUUAUUUUACAAACUACUUGACCAAAACAGACAUUACAUCCUCUUGGAAAGCAAGUUCUAACAAUAAAAGAAUAGAGAACAGGCUGAAUAGGUUUAAGAUAUGCUAACACAAUGGUUAUUCAGCUGCACAAAAAAUAAACAUGAACAUAAAAAGUGUCCAGUGUUUAUGUAACAUAACAGUUUUUUCAUUUAUAAGUCGCUCUGGAGUAUAAGUCGCAGGAACAGCCAACCUAUGAAAAAAAGUGCAACUUAUAGUCCAGAAAAUACGGUAAUUGUUCUUAGUGGUUUUAUUUUGUCUCUGUUGCAGAUGUAUAUAAAUAGCUUGUACUGUGUAUGCUGGCUUUUCAUUUGUUUUUUUCUUUCUUCAUUAGAAUUUUUGCAAAGUAACUUUAGUUUGUAAGUAACUCUUUGCAGCGGAUGUACAGGUAACAUUGGCUUGUAUUCAAGUUAGAAUAUUUGCAGUGCUUUUGUCAAUUGUUUUGUCGAUUUUUGCAGUGUAGCAAUAAAAUAUAUU